AAAAUGAGACAUUCGAGGGUCAGAAGAGAAGAUUUAAGCAUUUUUAGAGUUUAUUUAUCUGGAAUUUAUUUGAUAAGUUUUGAUAAAUUUUAGUGCCUCAUUUUGGACAUAUAGCUUUUGAUUUAAUCAAGCUGAAUAGACUUAAUUACUCUUAGAACAAAAUUUAUCUGUUAUUCGAAAGCUUCUUUAUUUUAGGAUAAGCUCAGAUAAAGCUAUAAGCUUUCAUAUUUGAUAUUAAUUUCUAUUUGAGAUUUACUUGAACUUCAAAAUAACCCUAAAUAGUCGCAGGGCAGAAAGAUCAGCCAGACUUUUAAAUACAAAAAAUGGGAUAGAGAAGACACAGCAAUGCAAUCAAAACUUGCAGACCCCAACAGGAGUAUCUGAGAGAUUGUUAAUGAGCUACAUGUUCUUAUUGACCUGAAGCUGACUAAGAUAGAGGAAGGGAAGAGAGCAAGGAAGAAGCAGAGAGAAGGGAAAGCAGAGAGGAAGGAAGAAGGCAAGAGAGGAAGGAGGAUUGGGGAGAGGGAAGAGAGGGUGGAGGGAAAGGAGAGUGGGCAAGAGGAUGUGAAGAGGAAGAUAAAGAAGCUUCAUAAGAGGAAUGAAGAGCUUACGUCGAUGUUGAAGAAGAAUGUUAGGGAUAAGAAAAAGUUCUUUUAUUCCCAAAAGAAGAAGGAAGAGAGAUCACAACUGACAACUUUUCAAACAAUGAUUAAGGUCGAUACCAGAUUGAGGAAAUUUCGAGAAAAAUUAAAAUAAAUCUUUUUCUCAACAAAGAUCUGUUGAAAGAAAGCGCAAGGAACGUUCAAAGAAUCUCAAGGCCAAGGCUCUCCAGUCUCAUUAUACAGAUGAUAUAGUUGUACAUCGGGACCUCUCUGAAAGCAUGCUUAUACUAUAACAUUUAGAUAACAGUGAUAAUUCAAUCAUAAUUAUAUCCAAAACGAAUAGCACAAGAAUUUCUCCAAACAGAGAAAUCAAAUAACCACAUUAAGCAAGAAAAAGAACUUCGGAAGAAAAUUGAGCUCCUUUCCGCAAAUCUAGAAGCAAAAAAUGAGAAGAUUAGGAGAAAGAAGAUUCUCUUAAACCAGUUGACACGGAAGAUGGUAAACCGUGGGCUUAAGAAGUCCUUCACAUUAAACACACUACACUUGCCUACAUCCACUACAAAACCAAAUUCCAGGUACAAAUAAUAACCCUAUCUGCGAACAACCAGUUCAAAUUCCUUAAAAUCACGGCUAAAUCUCCUCAAAAGUAAAUAUUCGCAGUCAAAUUUGCCUAAAUUUACAGUAUAAA